AUGAAAACAAAGUUAUGCGUAUCCAGUCUGGAAUUAGUAGCGUAUGAAGAAUUAGUAAAGUACACAGAGAAACCACUUACACUAAUGAUAUCCGGCGGGUCAAUCCUAAGAAUACUUGAGUCCGCUACAAUUAGCCAGCUGGAUAAGAAAGAGUGGACUGUUUUUUUUGCAGAUGAAAGACUUGUCCCCCUAACCGAUGAGCAGAGUAAUUUUAAAACAGCAGAAGGGUUCUUACAGGGCGUGGGGUCUGUCCAUGCUUACAACACAUCCCUGCCUGAAGAAGAAAUGGUAAAGGAAUACAAAGAAUUACUUCAGAAUGCAAAGGUGGACUUAGCGUUCUUAGGAAUAGGAAAUGAUGGCCAUAUUGCUUCAAUAUUUCCAGAAUCACCGACAAUUGACUCAAAUGACAUUGUCACCAUAAUAAAAGACUCACCAAAGCCCCCGACAGAGAGAGUUACAGUUACGCCCCGUCUUCUUACAAUGAUAAAAAGAAUAGUAUUUCUAAUACCAAGGCAAGCGAAUGGUCUGCUUAAAACAGUCACUGAGCCGCAUUUUUCAAUUAUAUCCAGAGUAAACACAGAUAUUGUUAUAGCAGCAAUUGAUCCACUCUCAUAAAAGUAAUUAAUGACAGAAUAUCACCGAGCAUACUUAAUACCGAAUA